CACUAGAACAUGUGCUCUUGUUGGUUGGGAAAACAAAACAGCGCAAAUUGAUUGGAUUUGGAUUUUCUUGAACUAAGCACCUGCAAUCAUGGCGGAUCAUGCGUUCCAUCGACCGGGGCCGCUGAAGCAAGCGAACAAGGCCCACAAGACGGGUCGUCAUCGCUCCAAGGGAGCCAUCGACAAUGCGCAGAAGGGAAAGAUCGGGCUGAAGGCCAUCUCCCACAAGCAGAAGCAGCAGCAGCGCAAGGAGCAGCGUCGCAACCAGAUGAACCAACUCAGGAAGAACAAACGGGAUGAGGUUCUGGAACAGAAGCGCAAACUGGGCGGCCAGAACACCGCUCCCUUCCUCGUCUGCCUGCUGCCCAUGCACGAGCAAAUCGAUCCGAGGUCCGCUUUGGCCAUCCUCCAGAGCUGCGACUCCGAACUGGUGGUGGAGAACUCGCCCAGCGGCAUUGUUUACAUGAAUCUGCCGCGAUUCAAGCAGCGCUUCGCCUUUGUCAUCCCGCCCGUGAGUCGUGGCAACGAACUGGUGGCCCUGGAUUACCUCAAGGUGUGCGACACCACGUUGCUGCUGACCUCGGCCGCCUUUGGCGACGACGAGAUCUUCGAUCGCUGGGGUCAGCGCAUCUUCAACAUGAUGUCCGCCCAGGGAAUACCCACUCCUGUGGUGGCCUUGAUGGAUCUGGAGUCCAUCAAUCCCAAGCGACGGCCCGCCAGCAAGCAGGCGGCCCAGAAGAUCAUCUCGAAGCUGCUGCCCGAGGAGAAGAUCAUGCAGCUGGACACGGCCAGCGAGGGUUUGAAUGUGAUGCGACGCAUUGGCGGCCAGAAGAAGCGCAUUCUGCACAACGUGGCCAAUCGGCCGCAUCUCUUCGGCGAUGUGGUGGAGUUCAAGCCGAGCUCCGAUCCCAGCGACGAUCUGGGCACCCUGGAAGUCACCGGCUUCCUUCGUGGACAAUCCCUGAACGUUAAUGGCCUGGUUCACAUUCCCGGUUUGGGUGACUUUCAGUUGAGUCAGGUGGUCGCCCCACCGGAUCCGUAUAAACUGGAUAAAUCUAGGGAUGGCGAGAAUGCGGAGGUGCGUCUGCUCGAUCGCAGUGAUCCCGCCAAGCGCACCUCGCUGCAGAGCGAGAACAUACCCGAUCCCAUGGACGCGGAGCAGACGUGGCCCACCGAGGAGGAGAUCGCCGCCUCGCAGCAGGAGACCAAGAAGAUGAAGCUGGUGAAGCGGGUGCCGAAAGGGUAUAGCGAUUACCAGGCCGCCUGGAUUCCCGACGUUGAGGAGGUGGAGCAGCCGGAGAGCCAAGAAGACAAUGACAUGAGCGACGACGAUGAUGAGGAGGAUUCUGAAGAAGACUUCAUGUCGUGCGACAACAAAUCCUUCGAGGACGAGUACGAGAAGCGGGAUUCGGACACGGAGGAAUAUCAGGACAGUGCUUCGGUGGCCUCGGAGGCUGCCGUCAACGACGAGAAGUACGAUCAGCAGAUUGACUUCCAGGAGGAGCGCGAGACCCUCAAGCAGCUCCAGGAGGCUCGCUCGGAUGAGCUGUGGCCCGAUGAGAUAGACACCCCACGGGAUGUGCCCGCCCACGAGCGGUUCCAGAAAUAUCGCGGGUUGGAGUCCUUCAGGACAUCGCCCUGGGAUGCCAAGGAGAAUCUGCCCGCCGACUAUGCGCGCAUCUAUCAGUUCCAGAACUUUGACCGCACCAAGCGGAGGAUUCUGAACGAGGCCAAGGAGUUUGAGGGUGUGCUGCCCGGUUUCUAUGUCACUCUGCAUGUAAUCAAUGUGCCCGAAAGCCGUUGGAACGCAUUCAAGUCCGCCCAGCUGACGGAUAACAUUAUUGUCUACGGAAUGCUGCCCCAUGAGCACCAGAUGUGCGUCAUGAACGUCGUCCUGCAGCGAAUGCCCGACUCCGAGGUGCCGCUGAAGUCCAAGGAGCAGCUGAUCAUCCAGUGCGGCUAUCGUCGCUUCGUGGUCAAUCCCAUUUACAGCCAGCACACCAAUGGGGAUAAGCAUAAGUUUGAACGCUUUUUCCGUCCGUACGAGACCAUCUGCGCCACGUUCUACGCCCCCAUUCAGUUCCCUCCGGCCGCCGUGCUCGCUUUUAAGGUGAAUCCCGACUCCACGCUGGCGCUGGUGGCCCGCGGCCGCCUGCUCUCCUGCAAUCCCGAUCGCAUCGUGCUCAAGCGCGUCGUGCUCAGCGGCCAUCCCAUGCGGAUCAAUCGCAAGUCGGCCUCGAUCCGAUACAUGUUCUUCUACAAGGAGGACGUGGAGUACUUCAAGCCGGUGAAACUAAGGACCAAGUGCGGCCGAAUGGGACACAUCAAGGAGUCGCUGGGCACGCACGGCCACAUGAAGUGCUACUUUGAUGGCCAGCUGCGAUCCUACGACACCGCCUUCAUGUACCUGUACAAGCGAGUCUUCCCCAAGUGGACAUACGAGGAGUGUCUGGUGCGAACGGCGGAGCACGAGCGGCAACAUGCUGCGGCGAACAGGAGAAACUCGCAACAGAUUGCAAUGGAAGAGUAGUAUAAUAAGUAACCGAUGGACGACUUAUAUAGCUUCUCAAAAUAUUUUAUAUUAUUGAUGUUAAGUACCCACGAUUACUUAUCCUUUUGUAAAGUAUCCUUUGGAAAAGUACAUAAAUGAUGUAUAAUUUGAGUAACUUCUGAAAUACCCACGAUUACUUAUCCUUUUGUGAAGUAUCCUUUCAAAAAGUACAUAAAGGAUGUACGAAAAACCCGAA